UGUCUCUCUUCUUGUAAAGCGCAAGAUUUGGGGUUACAACGGGCAAAAGAUAUUUUGACCACAGAUUCAUUUAGUCAGAAUGGCGGCAAACUUCUUCUCUCUCAAAGACCACACAGCCCUGGUCACAGGAGGCACCAGGGGUAUCGGAGCUGCUGUGGCCAUUGGUCUGGCCGAGGCCGGUGCUGAUGUGCUACUUGUUCAGAGAGAUGAGUCCUCCACCACAACCCGGGACGCCAUCAUCGCCCUUGGCCGCAAGUCCCAAAUCUACGUGGCGGACCUCGCGUCCCCGGAAAGCGUAGCGGCUCUAACGCCCAAGGUGCUGGCCGACGGGCACCAGGUCCGCAUCCUGGUCAACUGCGGGGGGAUCCAGCGGCGGCACAAGUGCGAGGUGUUUCCCGACUCGGACUUCAACGAGGUGAUGCAGGUCAACCUCAACGCCGUGUUUGCGCUGACGCGCGACGUCGGCGCCCACAUGCUCUCGCUCGACCCGCACCCCGUCACCGGCCGCAGGGGCUCCAUCGUCAACUACGGCAGCCUGCUGUCCUUCCAGGGCGGCCUGACCGUGCCGGCCUACGCCGCCAGCAAGGGCGCCGUCGCGCAGCUGACAAAGGCCUUUGCCAACGAGUGGACCAGCCGCGGCGUCACCGUCAACGCCAUCGCGCCGGGCUACAUCGCUACGGAUAUGAACGAGGCGCUGUUGAAGGAUCAGGAUAGGUUGGCGAGCAUCUCGGCUAGGAUCCCCGCGGGUAGGUGGGGAGACCCGGAGGAUUUCAAGGGGACCACCGUUUAUCUGGCCAGCAAGGCGAGUGGAUAUGUCAGUGGUCAUGUGCUUGUUGUUGAUGGUGGAUGGAUGGGCAGGUAGAAAAAUGAGGGAUGGGAGGGGGCUGUUGUUGUUGUUGUUGUUGUUGUUGUGAGUUGAAGGAUGUGGUUUUGGCCGGGUCGAG